AUGGUUAAUAUUCAAGUCAUCAAACAACAUCUCAUCAUUAUUUUUACAGCAUUAAAACAUUGUUUCAUUGCACUAAUCAAUCUCAUUCGUGGUGGUAUUCCACUGAAAGAUCUUAGUUCGGAAAUUGUUCUCAUUACCGGGGCUGCUAGUGGACUUGGUAAAGGUAUUGCUCAACGACUUGCUCAUCUGGGUUGUACACUCGUUCUAUGGGAUAUCGAUGAGGUUAAUAACGCUCGUGUCGCAGAAGACUUGAAUACAGCCACUAACUCAAAUCGCAUUUAUGCUAUGAAAUGUGAUUUAACAAAUAAGGAAAAUAUUUAUGAAUGUGCUAAAAAGGUACAAGGAACUAUCGGUCAUGUAACAAUGAUUAUCAAUAAUGCUGGUGUGGUUUCAGGCAAACAAUUAAUAAACUGUAGUGAUGAAUCGAUUCAACGUACAUUUGAUGUUAAUGUUAUCGCUCAUUUUUGGGUAUUAUAUAGUGAUGAGUGA